CCUGCCCCGCGCAUCCGGGAGCUCCGGGCGCACCAGGUGCCCUCGCUUUGAGCGCUGCCUCUGGGACUCCCUGGCGGCCAGCAGGCAGGCUGGUGAGCUCCUGGCGUCCCGUUCUGUGGGCACAAGUGGGCAGCGCCAGGCAUGGGGGACCCUGUGGGGUGUGUGCGGGCAGCUGCUUCACACCUGAUUACAAAGCGAGUGCAGGAGUGAGCGCUGCUCUCUGAAGUUGCUGAAUGGUACCUCUGGGGCGAUUCCGGGAGGGACAGAGGGUAGGCAGAGAGAGGGCCAGGGUGUCUCCCCAGCCUGGGCAGGAACCAACUGUGUCCAGCAGGGCACUUCUCCAAAGGGAGGGGACUUCCACAGUCCCAGUCCGCGCCCCACCCACAGGCCUCCCACCCCAGGCCUCCUGCUCACAGGUACCUGCUGUCUGAUGUGCCCAACCCUUGGCUGCGAUGCCGCCCUCCAUCACGGCCUUCCAGGCUGCCUACAUCAGCGUGGAGGUGCUCAUCGCCCUGGUCUCCGUGCCGGGGAACGUGCUGGUGAUCUGGGCCGUGAAGGUGAACCAGGCGCUGCGGGACGCCACCUUCUGCUUCAUCGCAUCGCUGGCCGUGGCUGAUGUGGCCGUGGGCGCUCUGGUCAUCCCUCUGGCCAUCCUGAUCAGCAUCGGGCCGCAGACCUACUUCCACACCUGCCUGAUGGUGGCCUGCCCCGUGCUCGUCCUCACCCAGAGCUCCAUCCUGGCCUUGCUGGCCAUCGCUGUGGACCGCUACCUCCGCGUCAAGAUUCCUCUCCGGUACAAGACGGUGGUGACGCCCCGCAGGGCUGCCAUGGCCAUCGCCGGCUGCUGGACCCUUUCCUUCGUGGUGGGCCUCACGCCCAUGUUCGGCUGGAACAACCUGAGCGCGGUGCAGCGGUCCUGGGUGGACAAUGGCAGUGUGGGUGAGCCUGUGAUCAAGUGUGAGUUCGAGAAGGUCAUCAGCAUGGAGUACAUGGUCUACUUCAACUUCUUCGUCUGGGUGCUGCCCCCUCUGCUGCUCAUGGUCCUCAUCUACCUGGAGGUGUUCUACCUGAUCCGCAGGCAGCUCAACAAGAAGGCGUCGGCCUCCACGGGCGACCCGCAGAAGUACUAUGGGAAGGAGCUGAAGAUCGCCAAGUCGCUGGCCCUCAUCCUCCUCCUCUUCGCCCUCAGCUGGCUGCCCCUGCACGUCCUGAACUGCAUCACCCUCUUCUGCCCUUCCUGCCGCAAGCCCAGCAUCCUCACCUACAUCGCCAUCUUCCUCACGCAUGGCAACUCGGCCAUGAACCCCAUCGUCUACGCCUUCCGCAUCCAGAAGUUCCGGGUCACCUUCCUCAAGAUUUGGAACGACCAUUUCUGCUGCCAGCCUGCACCCCCCAUGGAUGAGGACCCCCCGGAAGAGAGGCCGGAUGACUAAGCUCUAUCUGCCCACAGCCAAAGCCCCUCUGCUCGGCCCUCACCUCCCCGCUGUCCGACUCGUCUCCAUGCGCCUUCCCUGGCCGGGCUGUGGGGUAUGGGUGCCCUACACCUGUGGGUCCUGCAAGAGGUUUGGGGACAGUCCAUGGGGAGGGAACCAGGUCACUUGAGGGGAGGAGAAAAGUAGCUUGACCUUCCCUCCUGCCUGAUUGUCCCAUGGUUCAGGCAAAGGGGCCCAUGGCCAGGUCUGCUCCCACCGGCGGGGGCACUGCUUGUCUCAGUGGGGGUGGCCGUGCAGCCCUGGGACCAAGCUAAAGGAGAGGAGGAGAAGGAGAGAAACUGCGUGUCUUGGCCUUGCUUUCUCUCCUCUUCUGUGGGAGAAGGUGGCUGGAGCCGCGGGGGGCAGAGAUGAAGGAGCCGCGGUCCCGACCUCCCACAGCCUCAUGCUCCGAGCCGUGCUGGGUGCCUGCCCCUUGCUCUGAGCAGCCGGGGUCACAUUGGGCGGAAUCAUUUCCAACAUGUGCUCUAUUCUGUACCAGCAUUUGGACCCGGUGGGGUUCCAAGCCCUGGAAGGUGCGGAGGGGUGUGUGGGCCUCACACAGCCGUCAGGUGGCAGCACUGACCGUCCCGAGGAGGAGCCUGGAGUGAGGCUGCCUGUCCUGCCCCAGCCCUCAGCCAGGCCUGGACUCCCCUGAGUGACACCCAUCCCUGCUGCCUCUGGCCUGAAGGAGACAUGUCGGCCUGGGAGCACUGUGCCCGCCCGUCGAGGGGGUGGGCGAGGGACGUGUCCGACUGUGGGCGCUCCAGAGAUGAGAAAUGCCAGGCUGGGGCAGGACAGCAGAGACCGCCGUCCUGAGAGUGUGGGCAGGAAGGUUCUGCUGGCCUUUAAAUACCCCUGCACCCCUCCGAUUCCCUGGCGUGCGGCCCAGCGUUCAGGGGCUUUGGGGUCCUGCUGCAGAGUCGUGGAUUUUAGGGUGUCUGGGGAAGGACCAUGCCCUUGCAAGCCCAGAACCCCUUGUGCAGAGGGGUGAGGGGCGAGAUUCCGAGUGCGAAUAGCGACUCCAGGCCCUUCCUCUCUCAGAGGCGGGUUUGCCCUGAGUCCCGGGGGCCCCCUGACUAACAAGAGACUGUGAACCCACAUGGAGAGCACACGGCUGGGUAACCACCGUUUCCCAGGGCAGCAGACACCCUCUGCAGAGA